UAACUUUAAUUCUAGAUAAGACGAGAAAUGUAGGCUACUGUAAUUUUCAUAUCACUCACUGAGUAUUGCGACGCUGCUUGCGUGAGUUACUCCUCCCAUCUGUUUUAAGCAGCAGGUUUCCUUAAGAAAUCCUCACUUACAACAACGCAAAGUUCAUGACACACUUGCUUUGGCUGAAAUGAACUUUCCAGACUACGAUGAUAAAACGGCGUUUCUGGGCGACUGGGGACGUUUUCAAAAGAUUGUAUUUACUCUUUUGUGCUUGAGCAUUACUCCUAAUGGCUUCCUCGGUUUAUCGAUGGUUUUUCUGGGCGAUACACCCUCUCAUUAUUGCCUGAUUCCCGCGGAUCUCAACAUCACGGACGAAUGGAGGCAAGCGUCUGUCGCUUUGGACGGGGAUGCCGGAGAUUCUCGAGUCAGUAAAUGCUCAAGACACAGACUGGAUAUCAUUCAAAACUAUUCUGAAAGAGGGUUGAAUCCGUGGGUGGAUGUGAAUGUCUCCACUAUUCCCAGAGAAAACUGCUUAGACGGGUGGGAGUAUGACAGAAGCACGUACAUCUCCACGAUUGUUUCAGAGUGGGAUUUGGUGUGUUCAGAUGACUGGAAAGCUCCACUGACCACAUCAAUCUUUUUCUUUGGAGUUUUGGUGGGUUCUGUGAUCUCUGGACAGUUGUCUGACAGGUUUGGCAGGAAAAUUGUGCUCUUUGCUACCAUGGCGAUUCAGACAGCAUUUACCCUAAUUCAAGUCUUCUCUCCAUCUUGGUUGAUCUUCUGUUUGUUGUAUUUCAUCGUUGGAAUUGGACAAAUUUCUAACUAUAUGGCAGCAUUUGUUUUAGGAAUGGAGAUAUUGAGUGGAUCAGUUCGGGACAUCUUCUCCACUCUUGGUGUGGGCCUUUUCUUCUCAGUUGGGUAUAUGAUACUCCCAUUGGGUGCAUACUUCCUACGAGACUGGAGAAUGCUACUUCUGGCUCUAACCAUCCCUGGUUUCUUCUACAUACCCCUUUGGUGGUUUAUUCCAGAGUCUCCACGGUGGUUGCUGUCUCAGGGGAGGGUUAAAGAGGCUGAGGCAAUUCUGAGAAAAGCUGCUAAGAUGAAUGGAGUUCAGGCUCCUGAUGUCAUUUUCCCCCAACUCCAGUCAGUGGAAAAUACUGGAAAAUUGCAGACCUACAAUCUCUUUGACCUGGUAAAGUCUACCAACAUCCGCUGCAUUACUGUCCUGCUGUGCGUGGUCUGGUUUACUGUUUCCGUUGGAUACUAUGCUUUAUCUCUAAACACAUCAAACCUACAUGGGAGCAUCUAUAUAAAUUGUCUAUUAGCAGCUGUUGUAGAAGUUCCUGCUCUCAUCAUGGCCUGGCUGAUGUUUCGCUGCUGGCCGAGGCGUCUCUGCUUGUCUUCUACCUUUUCAUUGGGAGGACUUGUUCUUCUUAUGUUACACUUCAUACCAGAAGAUCUGAGUUCUGUUUUCAUUGCGUUGGUGAUGUUUGGAAAGUUUGCCUUCACAGCAGCCUUCGCAAUUGCCUACCCUGCAAGUGCCGAGCUUUAUCCCACCGGUCUGAGGAACUCUGCAUUAGGAAUCUGCUCAAUGUCAUCCAGAGUGGGCUCCAUUACUGCACCAUACUUCCUCUACUUAGGAAGCUACUACAGAUCUCUGCCUUACAUCUUAAUUGGCGGCCUAAAUGUUUUCUCGGGGUUGCUAUGUCUUCUUCUUCCAGAGAGUUUAGGAUUUCCUCUACCCGAGGCUAUCAGUCACAUGCAGACAGUAGUUAGAUGUAAAAAAAGACAUCAUUGUUCUUCAACCCGUUUGUAGUUAAUCACACAAAUGUGAAGAGGAAAGCAAAUCUGAAAAGUUAAAGGACUUUUUAUAGAUUCUUAACAAUUUGAUUGUUGGAAGACUACUUGUUAAAUGGGUCAUAGCGUGAAUAUCUGACUUUUUCCAUGUUUAAGUGCUAUAAUUGGGUGUAUCCUAUCAACAUAGAAAACAUGAAAAAGAACAACCCAGUAACUUAGUUUUGGUAAACCAUUCUCUGCAAGCAUGUGAAAAAUUAGGUUGUUUUGUGAGGUAGGUAUUAAGUCUUAUUGCAAUAAUACUGCCCAUUAAUCUGAACCAUCCAACCACGGCACUGCCAUCUAGUGCAGAGAGAGAAAAAAUAAUUGACAGCAGAAUUGAGUUUCAAAUGCAACAAACCACCAUCAUUGUGAUCAGUGUUUGCAUUUCAUCAACUCAUUUGCAUUUUAAAGGCAGGAUAGGCAGGAAUUAUCUAAAAAAACUUUUUUACAAAUUAGUUUAAACUGUCUUUAUAUAUCAAUACAUAAGUAAAAUGUAAGUACUCUGAAAAAGAGAGUAUAAAAAUCGAGUGUCUGUAGACCUCUCACGACUGUUUUAAACACAGCUCAUUUUUCCAUUUACUCCACCCCCUCCCUUCUGGGUUUCUUCUUAAGCCACGCCCCCAAAACACAUGAACGCGCGAUACCGACAGUUUUGCUGGGAGAAGGAUUUACCUCAGUCGAGCGGAGAGGAAGGAGCGUGGUACAUGUAAUAACAUCAUGUCACAAUCACAUGUAAUAAUACACCUAACUUUAUCACUAUGAAUAUAAACAGAUAGGAUGGCUUUUAGUACUCACUAUUAAGCCAGUGUUUUGUAUGGAAGAGUUUCCGUGAAGAAAGCAUUGUUGACUCUGAUGAGGACUACACUCCGCAGACAAUACCGCUACCGCAUCAUCGACUCGAGGAAAAGCCACGUGAUAUUUACUCUCGUUUGAUUGCUUCGUUUAUUCCUUUUUUUGCCUUGUUUGCCUUCGCUGACUGGAUAUGCAGGUACUGUGAGUUGUGAAUGCACUUUCUCUGCCAUACUUUUGCUCUUCCUAGAGUGCCUCGUGCACGUUCAAAUCAAUCGGGUGUGCGCAUGUGUGGGCAGAUCCCAUAGCAACGGGUGGUGCCAUGGUCGCGAGAGAGAGUGAUAUUCGCGCAAGCUAAUCAUUUGUUUCGUCCCGAAUGGAAAUAAUUAACUGUGUUUAAAACAAUCGUGAGAGGUCUACAGACACUUGAGUUUUAUACUCUCUUUUUCAGAGUACUUACAUUUAAAUUAUGUAUUUGUAUAUAAAGACAGUUUAAACAAAUUUGUAAAAAAGUUUUUUAGAUAAUUCCUGCCUACCCUGCCUUUAAAGGACACAACCAAAAACAUUUUUGCUCACACCUACAAAAUGUUAACAUGCUAUAAUAAAUUAUCUAUAUGGUAUUUUGAGCCCAAACUUCACAUACAUACUCUGGGGACACAAAAGACUUAUUUUACAUCUUUAAAAAAAUCUCAUGACCCCUUCACCCAAACUUCUCUGUGUCAUUUUUUUUCUCUGUGUCAAAUUGUGUUGAUUAUACACACAUCAUUCCUAAUUAGUAAAUUAGGAAUAAUAUAUUAAAAUAAUUCUUAUCAAGAAAAAUGUUGAGACCUGUUUUACACUGCACACAUACUUCAACUGCUGCAAUAACAAUAAACAGCAAAUAUUUUGUAACAUUCAAAAGUAAAAAGCACAUUUUACUUAUUUAAUUGUAGCAAAGCAGCUUUACAAUAAAUACAAAGUAGUAUAGACAAGUACAGUAGCAGUACUAACUGCAAAAACAAUCAAAAGGAUGCAAACUUCAUUUAUCAAAAUGGGGGUCUGCGAGGUCAGACUUUAGACGGGGUCAUGGUGGAUUCAAUUUUAAAACUGAUUGUCCAGAUGUUGUGGUAACGAUGUCAAAUCACUAUCCAGUUUGUUGGGUUAUGUUAUACAAUUUUACUCAUUUCGUUUGCUGCCGAAGUUUGCACAGAUUGACGCACAUACCCAAACCAUGAAUCAAUGAUAGAUUUAGUCAAGCCUGUGCAUUACUGGCUUAUGUCUUAUGACUGGCACGCAUGUAAACAUGUAAAGGCGCGCUGGUUUGUUUGAAAGGAAUGGCCCAGACCCAAGAAUCGUAAUGUGGGGUAAAUAAAGCCCCAAGUCAUGUCAACACACAGUUCAAGGAGUGACUUAAUUUAGGAGCCUUGCUGUGUAAACGGAACCAUACAGGACAACAGUUGUCUGUCCUGUCUAUAAUAUGGCAUAACAUUGACAUUAUUAAAGCCUGGAAUACACUGCAGAAUUUUUGUACUCCUAUAAGAUCAUUACCUCAUUACACUGUCCGAGGAAUUGUUUAAAGUUGGGUACAACAAGAAUGUAGACUGUAUGAUGAUGACAUCUAUUGAAUCGGAGGCUGUGACCGUUGGGACGUGCACAAGCGCAACAUCAUCAGCAUGCUCUAGUGGUAAACAAAUACUGGUAUUUGUACACAGGUCGUAGCAGCAAACAACACUAUGGGCUCUAUCUUACACCCGGCACAAUGCAGCGCAAUGCGCGACGCAAGUGUCUUUUGCUAGUUUCCACCCUGCGCAAUUAUAAUUUUAAAGUUUAUCGCAGCGUUGUUUAAAUAUUAAAUGCAUUUGCGCCCACAGGCGUUCUGGUCUGAAAACAAGGUGUGUUCAGGCGCAUUGUUGGCACGUUGCUAUUUUGAGGCAACUAAAAUAGACUACGCAAUUGACCAACAAAAACCUGCUCUAAAGUCUAAAGUCAAUGGCGCAAUAUGUUUUUUUGUUAUUUAAAGAGCGCAUUAGUAAUAUGUGCCUAAACGGGACGACAACGUGGGAUUGCUUAACACAUACAUGAAUGCGCAGCAGCACAAAAACGCUUUUAAAUAUGAAAGAUUAAAGGAUUGAAUGUAAAAGAUUAUUAUUUAGUCUCUUGGACAUAAAUGAGGACCGAUUAUGAGACGUUAAAAGGCACAAAGAGCUGCUUCACCUGUAGCCUGGUAAGUAAAUAAAUAAAUGCUUUGCUUUAAACAAAUGCAUCUGUUUUUAAAUGUUUUUUUAAAUGCUACCUCACGGAUUUAUUGUAUAUGAUGACUAUGUACCUGUGGACAGACCCGUCGCCAGACCUCAGUCUUAAGGGGGGCAUAUGAAAUGCAUGGGAGGGCACACUUAUUAUUAGCCUACAGUACGUAUACUUAUAAUAAUAUAUAGUCUAUUCGCGCAGCACGUAAUCAUCACUUUAAACAACCAUCAGCAAUAUGACCAGAUAGCCUAUAGCCUACACAUCACAUUACAUAUAGGAACAAUUUUAUGAAUAUCCAUAAAUCUAUACAAUAUAUUACAUGUAACACCAGAGACAUCUCUCAAACAUUGCAUUUUAAAGCAGUCAACAGAGGGAUAUGCAUUGUGGAUAUGGUGAGAUGAGAAACAUUUUUAAGUAAUGCUUAAAAAAACUGACGCUGUCCAAGUGCUGAACCUUGCGGAGGGCCGUUUGUUAAUUCUUUAUCUCCUGUUUGUUACAAAUAAAUACUUUUAGAGUACAAACCUUUUCUUACAUACUUGUAAAUAAUUUUUGAUGAUAUUGGAUAGGCAUACAUUUAAAGCAAUUAAAAGCCUGCUUUUUUACUAGAAAACGGGUUUUAAUGAAUAAACAACAAUUUCAAUACAAGUGAAAAACAACAAAAUUAUUUAACAUUAAUCUUAAAUGGGGGAUCUUCUUCCUCCGCUUAGUUUUUCAGUUUACAAAGUCCGUCAUCUAAAUAGGGAUUAGACAUAGCGCAUUGGUUUAUUGCACGUUACGCCCAAAAUACUCCCAUUAAUCAUUUAAAUAAUAGGACUAACCCUUUUCGACCAUGCGCUCGGCGCACAAACCAUUUUUCCCAUCGUUAAAUUAGCAAAAGUGGAAUCGGACAAGCCCAUUUAGACGUUGCGCUGUGCGUUUUAGACAAUGCGCUUAGAUUGUUAAAAUAGGGCCCUAUGUGUUGAUCAUGCUGAAUUUUUGACACAUCAUAGGCUAUCUUUGGCCGCAAUCAUUUUUUGUCUUUGAACCUCUCUCACUGUAUGAGGGAGGAGAAUGGUCAUGUGAUCCAACCAAUCAGUGCAAAUAGGUUCCUAUAAAUAGCCGUCCCUCACAUCUGUCCCAUUUUUUGCAGUAUCCCUCCUCCACCCCAUCACCUCACUCUCAGCUAGUUCCAUCUAUCCAAAUUAAAGAGGGGGUAGUACUCUGGGUUCAGGCUAAUGAAACUUUUUUUAAGCAGAGAGUCUGUUCUUUCAUUUGAUAUAUUGUAUGUUUAUAGAUUUAGAGAAGAACAUUUUGUGAAAAUCAUAAAAAUGCUGGCACCUGCUGGCAACUUUUUUGUUUGGGCUUUGAACCUUUUAUACCCCCCCCCCCAGAAAAAAAACAUCCAAACUUAUGUAAAGUUUGUUAAAAAUAUAUAUUUUUAUCUCACAUAACCAU